AUGACCGUCAGUUACCAGUCAAAGGUGUCGUCGUCGACCAGCGCGGGAUUCACAAAAUUACUGUUCCUGUGGCGGGGCAGCCUGUACCAGGUACUGUACAGGGAACUGUUGUUGUUCAUGGUGGCGUUCGUCAUCAUCAGCGCCCUGUACCGGAAUGCGUUCACCAACGCACAAAAGGAAAUAUUUGAAAAAAUAGUUCGAUACUGUGAUGCCUUUAUUAGUCARUUACCAUUAUCCUUCAUCUUAGGAUUUUAUGUGACUUAUGUGGCCAAAAGAUGGUGGAACCAAUACUUGGCGAUUCCAUGGCCUGACAGAGCAAUGCAUGUUAUAUCGAUGUAUGUAGAAGGCAAUGACGAUUACGGUUGUAUGAUUCGAAGAUCGCUAAUGAGAUAUUUGAUUUUGACAUUGAUUUUGGUAUUGCGUUCUAUAAGUUCAUCGGUGAAAAAACGUUUUCCAACAUUAGAGCACGUCGCUGAGUCAGGCUACAUGACCGCUGACGAGAUAGAAGUAUUUUAUUCACUCCCCAAGGUGGAGUUUAAUACUUAUUGGGUACCUUGCACUUGGUUCGUAAGUCUGUUGAAGGAGGCUAGAAAAUCUAAGCGAAUUGAAGAUUCCGAAGGAGUCAAACUCAUAAUGCAGGAAUUUAUCGACUUCAGAUCAAAAUGMGGUUAUUUGUGGAGUUACGAUUGGAUUAGUAUACCGCUAGCGUACACGCAGGUCGUUACAAUUGCAACGUAUUCAUUUUUCAUCACUGCUGUUGUCGGGAGGCAAUACGUAGAAGGAUCAAACAAAAUGCUGCAAACAGAACUUGACGUAUACAUACCAGUGUUUACAAUCGUUCAGUUUUUGUUCUUCAUGGGACUUUUAAAGGUAGCUGAACAAUUAAUAAAUCCAUUUGGUGACGACGAAGAAGAUUUUGAAUUAAAUUACUUAAUYGAUAGACACACAAAGGCAUCCUAUUUAGCUGUAGAUUAUCUCGCUAAAAUUAAAAUUCCUUUGGUCAAAGAUAUCUAUUUCAACGAGUUGGAAGUAUCAAUUCCGUACACGAGCGCAUCUGCACCAUUUAAAAAAAAAUCACACAGAGGAUCAGUUCACCACAUGCCUGUUCCUGAAGACCAACAUAUGAUGUUCUUACCCGAAAUAUUAGAAGAGGCCGACCCCGACCAUUCGAGAAGCAGAAGAACAUCUAUGUGUUCGAACAAGAGUGAAGGAAAAAUGAACACAAUCAACAAAAAUAAAUUCAAUGAUUCUUUUGGCAUAAUGCAAAUGGUACAUCAGAGGUCAACGUCAAACGGCGGCAGCGAAGUCGGAGGAUUUGGUGGUGGAGGACAGAACUCGAACACGCCAACCAAACGCGGAGGCGGCGGUGGUUUCAAACAGUUGGCACAACGCAAGUCAGACGCCGCGCAACCGGUGGUGCUGGUGUCAAUGACCCGGCGGCCGAGCUACAAUUCGGGACAGUGGAAACCGUUCAAAUGGAAAUCAUCGGACUGUGGRGAACAGCGACGCGCUUCCAUCRGCGGUGGAGGUAGGCGCUCUGAACAGCAUCAGCAGACGGAUGUAGACAUGCAGAAAAUGGACCGAUCGGAAACAUCAAAGGUUGUACCGGAAGGACUGGUCAACGCGGCGUUCGUACCGGACAGACAGCAACACGACGUGUGAUGCACAUUAAUGCAGCGGCGUAUCUGAGAGGGAUCGUCGGGUUGUUUGAUCCCCGAUCCACCAAUCCCUCUCCACCGGUGCAAAAGAAAUCAAAAUUACCCCCACCGUUAAAUUAUUUCAAUUCCAGCUACACCUUAAAUUAAUAACAGGUGUUGUUACGGUUGUUUAUUUUAUGUUAUAGAUAACCACGCCAACUCACGAGUAUUUACCAACUAUUUUUUGUAACUAUCAUUAUUCAUUUACAAUCUACAGUCUUAGAAUUGAAACACAAGUGUCAAUAUAUGAUUACCUGGUUAUAUAACAUUCUUGUUUUCGUUUAAGGUAUUAUGAUUAUAAUUAUUUAUUAACAAUUUUUAUGCCUUGAUUAAUUUUUACAAAAACUUUCGGUCCCCYGGCUAUUCAUYGAAGCUUAAAAAGGUACAGUAUUGUCCUACGACGCUAAAAAAACACUGUCACAAAUUUUAUGUGCUUAACAACUUUUUAUUUUAAAUUCAGUGUUUAAUAAAACGAAAUAAAUUCCCAUACAAAAAUGUUAAAUGGUUAACAUUGUUAUUCUUAUGAAACUUUCCUAAAUUAAAACUCUACAAAAUAAACCUUUUUAGACAAAUCGUUGAAUAGAAGUUAUUUAUCUUAAGCCAAAAUAUUUCAUUAAAAAGCCAAAAUAUUUGGCUGUGGACAUUUAUUUUAGGAAUAACUAGCUUACGGCGUAUUCGCAAUAAUUUAUUUGAAUUUAUUGUCCAAUCUUCAAUGUAAUCACCUCGUCAGUUGUAAUUGUAUACAUUUAUCAUCUUAAUUAAAUCUAUAGUGAUAUAGUAUCCAUCCCCUUCAAUAUCCGUUAUUAUAGACUUAUCUUCUAUUUACCAGUUACCGACAAAGUAUGUGUAGCCAUAUAUAGGUACAAUCUUUUUUAUGUUUCUACCUAUACGGCUACAGCUUCCUCCUUGAAUUGAUGUUUUUGUUUUUUUACACACUCUGUAUAAUGAAUUAUAUAAGUAUUUAAUUCCAUAAUAGUUCAUAUUAUUUAAAAAUUAUAUGAUACCCUGCAGAUAGACAAAUAGUUAAACGUAAUAAUUUAGCUUAAUUAAUAAUGUUCAUUAAKAUAUAUURUYAUAUUGAUAAUAUUAUAUAAUACAUUUGAUAUAGGUAUGUGCGGAUUUCUAAAAUUUAAACAACUUAUGGUACAAUUCAUACUGAACAUUAAAUACAAAAAAGUACCUGUAGUUAAAGAAAAUAGAUUAUUUCUUAAAAUAAAUUAAAUAAAUAGCAUAUAUAAAGACAAGAGACACUCAAUUAUAUUAUAUAUUCAUGUAUAACCUMCCUACAAAUAUAAUGUAGAUAUAUAAUUUUUUUAAUUUUWUUUUGUUCGUAACCUAAUCAUAAUAUUCCUAUAAUAUAAUAGAUAUAGCGAUAAACCUAAUUAUAAAUAAUAAUAUAUUUAGAACUACACUAGGUAGCAAUCGAGAUUAUAUGUAGAGAGAUUGUAAUUUCCUCACAAGUCUUUGAUAUGGACCUUUUUGUUUGUCAUAGUUUUUCAAACCCUCCCCAACGAGUCAUGACGUAUUUGCCUCUACAGCAUACAGUAGACAUGUUCUAUAAACUUAAAUUAUAA